AUGCGCGUUGGCAUUCGAGAGCAAUUCGCUGCCGUGGUGCUGAUAACUGCGCUGGUUCCAUUAAUGGUAUUAUCCAUCGCAACUUGGAUCAACAACCACAACUUCGUUACGGGCAUCACUGCAAGUCAGCUAUCUUUGACGGCCUCUCUGAAAGCGGCACAAGUUGCGUCGGAUCUGCUCUUGAUACAGUCAACAUGUACAACCAUCACAACGCGCGUUGUGAUCCAGUCUGCACUUAGGAAUUUCUAUCGAGGAAAUGCGACAUCGACUAAUUGGACAUCAGCGAAUACCGAUAUUCAAAGCGCCUUACGCGGCGGCGGACUUUCAGCGCUUCUCCAAGUAGUAGUCUUUUCUCGAAACGGAACAUCACUGGGAGGGGGCACUUCAGCGCUAUUCAAUGCAACCACUGAGACAGAUGGCAUUUUUAUUCCGGGGGCAUUCCACCCAAAUGGCACUCAGGUGAACCUUGGUGACCCAGGCUCGGGUUUUCCAGCGGCUCUCUACCCGAACAUCACAUACACUCCGGUUCCUGGGAGUCCGGAUCCAGCAGACUCUUCGGCAACCCUCACACGUGUGUCUGCAUUUGCUGAUUUUCCGCUUAACCAGUCGUCUGUCUUGGUCCUGGGCCCUUUGCAAAUCAACAGCAGUUAUGCUCUGCUCUCUAUGACCCUUCCCAUCGUGGACGAUAAAAACCCCGAGGUGGUUUUAGGAUUCAUGACCGUCGUCGCAGCUUGUACAUCAUUGAUAGACGUAGUCAACUCUCGGGAGGGGUUAGCUAAUACUGGUGUGACUCUUCUAUUCGGUACCAGACGACGUGAGAAUCAAUUUCCGUAUCAAGCCAGGCCCGCUACGGCAACUAAGGAACCCGAUCUAAAAGAUGUUGGUGCCGCGGUGGUCAAGUACGUCUUCCCUCCAAAUGCUACCGAAGGACGCGAUCGUCACACUGCCUAUCUGGCGAACAUCACUCGGUACGGGGCAAGCAACUUCUCUGCAAAGGAAUAUCCAGCAGCUGUCCGCGGGUUUGGUGUUUGGAACAACGAGGUCAACCAAGCAGGGUCUAUGCUUUCAACCAGGAAUGAGAAUAAUGUUUCCGUCAGUGUGGGAUAUGCCAGACCACAAAGUAAAUUGGUCGACUGGCUACUUAUAGUCGAAAUGACACACAAGGAGGCUUGGAAACCCGUGGAGAAGUUGCGUCUGAUUGUGCUUGCCUGUGUAUUUGGCUCGAUUGGGUUGAUACUACUGGUCGUAAUACCGACAGCUCAUUUUAGCGUCCGACCGAUUCGCAGAUUACGUGACGCCACUGAGAAAUCUAUGGCACCGCCUGGCUACACGCCGAAUGGAAGUAUACGAUCAGAUAGGAUGGACGAUUUGGACGAUGAGUCCUCGUCAGGAGAACAUCCUGGGCUUGACCGGUCUGAUUCUCAUCGCUCUAAAACGGGAAUAUUCUACAAACUACGCCAUCUAACAGUGACGGGGAAAAGGAAGACGCCCUCACAACGUAACGAGGAGGACAGGCGAAGAGUGUUCAAGAUUCCAGCACGCGUCCAAGAUCGGAAGCACUGGAUAACUGAUGAGCUUACAGAGCUAACCGGCACUUUCAACGAAAUGACCGAGGAAUUAAUGCUACAAUACCAAGGCCUUGAAGAAAAGGUUGCCGAACGUACGCGGGAGCUUGAAAUAAGCAAGAAAGCUGCCGAAGCUGCCAACGAAAGCAAAACCCUCUUCAUCGCUAAUAUUUCACACGAGCUCAAGACACCACUAAAUGGUAUCCUGGGAAUGUGCGCUGUAUGCAUGGGCGAGGACGAUCUUCCUCAGAUCAAGAAGAGUCUUCAGAUUGUCUACAAAUCCGGAGAUUUAUUACUCCACCUUUUAAACGAUCUAUUGACCUUUAGCAAAAAUCAGAUUGGUCAACAAUUGAGUCUUGAAGAGAAGGAGUUUAAACUAAACGAUAUCAAGACGCAGAUUGUCACGAUUUUCACAAAACAAGUAAAGGAAAAGAACAUCAACUUCUCGGUCAAAUAUAUCGGUACUGAUAUAGACCUGGAUACGGAAAUUGUCUCUGAGAAGAAACUGCCAGCACUUGGACCUCAGGGUACUGGGCGACUGAAGGAUAUGUGUCUUUGGGGUGAUCAGCACAGAAUUCUCCAGGUUAUCAUCAACCUGGUCAGUAAUAGCUUGAAAUUCACACCUGCUGGUGGAAAGGUUUCCGUCCGGAUAAAAUGUCUUGGAGAGGCCGAGUCACCGUCUGAUAGGAAUUCUCUUGGGUCGAAGAAAUCGAAGAACAGCUCACGUCAUCGACACGGCUCAGGUUCAUCGAACGUAUCUAGGAAACCAUCCAAUUCAUCGAACGCAAAACCUACUAGUUCAGGAGGAACUGCACUACAAAUCAACCCACUAGAUCCUAGUGCAGCCCCGCGUGUGCAGGUGCGUGAACGAUCUCCUACGCCACCACCGUCGAAUGCGCGGACCUUGAUAUUUCAAUUCGAGGUGGAAGACUCAGGUCCCGGAAUACCCGAGAGUAUGCAGGACAAGGUUUUCGAACCCUUCGUUCAAGGAGAUUUGGGCCUCAGCAAGAAGUAUGGCGGGACUGGUCUUGGUCUGUCUAUCUGCAGUCAGCUAAGUCAGUUGAUGGGUGGAACAGUUUCCCUGGUAAGCUCGCAAACCGCGCCGACGGGAACGACAUUCAAGGUGCAAAUUCCCUUGAAGCACACGAAAUCGCGCGCGGCCUCGACUUCGAGUUCCGAUGCAUAUGGGGCUUCUCGACCUACUAGUGGCGUAUUCACUACACAAACAGACGGCACGAUUGUCACUGGAUCUGCCAAUGCUAGUGGGAGGAAUUCUGGUGAUUUCAAUAAGGAGACUCGACUCGUAGGCUUAAGCCAACCUUUCUUCGCUGCAGCAUCGCCAACCAGUCCGGACGACAAGAGCAAGGAGUUAGGUGUUGUUCAAAGUGUGCUUAAAAAGGCCGUCACCGCAAAUGGUAAAGAGCCUGCUAAAAAGCUCCGAGUCCUGGUCGCUGAAGAUAAUCUUGUCAAUCAAGAAAUUGUCAUUCGAAUGCUCAAGCUCGAACGAAUAUAUGAUGUUGAAGUAGUGGUUGCGGAAGAUGGAAAGGAGGCGUAUGACAUUGUCAAGGAAAGCAUGGAUAAGGGCCAAUACUUCAACCUAAUCUUCAUGGAUAUUCAAAUGCCUAACCUCGAUGGUCUUCAAAGCACGCGUCUGAUUCGUCAAAUGGGAUACUCAGCGCCUAUCGUUGCGUUGACGGCAUUCUCAGAAGAGAGCAAUGUCAAAGAAUGUUAUGAUUCUGGUAUGGACCACUUUUUGAGCAAGCCGAUUCGUCGUCCUGCUCUGAAACAAGUCCUACAGCGGUUUGCCACCAUCCCAGAGGAAGCCGAGACCUCUUCCGGGAAGAGCACGCCAUCUGAAGAAGACGAAUCGUCGCGUGAGCUUUCUCUCUCGGGCACCCCUAACGCACCGAGUGCCAAUGCCUCGAAUACUCCACACAUAAACGGAACAGCCCCUCCACCAUAA